AUGGGCUUUCCACCAUCAACACUAUUUGAUUUCUGCGAAAGCAUGAAUUAUAUUGGGACUAUUUUCUGUUACACCCCGCUAGCGAAUGUUCGUUUCUAUGAAGAUUGUGAGAAACAUAAAAUCGAAUUGCUGAAAGAAACAAUUGGAAAUGUCAACGAUCUCUUUCUGUCUAGACAAUUGACAGGUGUUAUGAGCACGGAAGUUUUGAAACAAUUCAAUACUCCCAACAGAUUAUCUCUGGGCAGGAAUCCAUUUGAAGAAGCUUGUCAGAUUCAACAAAUCUUCAUUCAAAACUUUCGAUUUAUCGAAUAUCAUGACGUUUACUCACUGGAUGACAUGUUACUUAUCAAUAGUGAAAGAGCCGAACUCUCCCAUCCAACCACCCAGAAGCAGUUCAAUCAAUUUGCCAAACACUGGAUCCAUGGGUCUAAUCCAAGACUGCAACGCAUGGAUCUAUCAAUCGAUAAAAUUGAUUUUCUCAGUGGCGAUGUGUAUUUGAAAGGAAUCAGAUGUAUUAAAAUGAGCGAAGAUGCAAAAAGAGAAAUUCGUCAAGAACACGAACUUUUAGAAGGUGGUAUGGUACAAAUCAGACGAGAAGACGGGACACCUGCUGUGAUUGCGACAUAUGAUGGACAUCGUGGCUUAAAUAUUUAUCUAAUUGUUUUGCACUGA